UUGGUACGGGUAAUCGAACUCACGACCUCACGCCUGCUGGGCAGGCGCUGUGUCGCUGAGCUACAUCCCGGCCCUCAAGCCCAAAGGUAACUUUGGGCCCACACCAGGCCCAGUAGAGGAGCCUGAUCUGACCCCAGCCUGUCUCUAAUACCCAGGCAGCAGGCCUCUUCCUACAAACUAACUGCACAUGGAAAGGAACCGCGGGUAUGGUCAUUGCUAUCAAAUCCCCCAAAUCUUUAUUUUGUCCCUCAUCCUGGGUUAACUGCCCUCUAGGGCAAAGGACACAGAAAUGGGGGCUUUAAGAGGUUAAUUAUUAACCCUUUGUGCCUCAGGGGACCGCAGGCUUCUUUCCCAUCGUGGAGGCAAAGGACACCACAGUCUCUAGGCCAUGAGGGUCGCGCUGCCGCCCCCGGCUUUGCGGCGCUGGUUCCGACACGCAACUGCUCUCGCUAUCUUCGUGCUGAUGGUUUAUCUGAGCGCUCGGAUCCUCCGCGCCCUGUCAGGCUGCAGGCCCGGGGCACAGUCCUGCACUCCGGAAGGACCGCUGCCCUUGCAGGUCCAGCACAAGUCGGGACUCCUGGGGGCCGCAGGGUGGGAAGAGCCUCAGUGUCUGGGACCUCAGGGAAUGCUGGGCCGCAUGACCAGGUCCUUCCGAGACAGUCUGAAGCCCAAAGGGGAUGUGGAGCUGUCGCAGUACCUGGCAGGAUGGAGGGAACUGGUCAGGUUCCUAACUCCCCUGGGCUCCGCCGUGGCUUUCGCCGCCAGCGAGGCCUUCAUGAAGGUGACAGCCCUCGAGGCUCGCGUGCAGGGCCCGGACGCCGCGCACUACACGUCACUGGCGACCAUGGCCCCGUGGGAGCGGCGCGCGGGGCUCCUGCGCCGCCGCCAAGCCCCGCCCCCGGCGGGGUGUGGUUUGGCUUCCCUGCUCCAACCGCGGUCUCAGGAAGAUCCGAGGUGCUGAGAGAAAUAAAGUAUGUUUUGGCAGG